CCUUCUAGAAUCACAAGCCAAGGGCUGCAUUCUUUUGCUUAGCACUUCUUGACAGAGAUCUGCAGCCAGCCCUCGUAUCCAUGAAGUUACGAUGUCUUUCAUUAGCGAGUUCCUGCGUCAAGCUACAUUUUUGGAGGGCCAUUCUGAGCAAGCCACACAACAUGUUUCUGGCGGUCUUCAAUCUGCUCCUUCAUAUGAUGGAUCUGCAGAUGCUGCUGCCUUAGACAAGGCCAUUAAAACAAAAGGUGUUGACGAAGCAACUAUAACCAAUAUUUUGGCCAAAAGAAGUAACCAGCAGCGUCAGGCCAUUAAGGCUUCUUACCAGAGUUUAACUGGAAAGCCUCUGGAUGAAGCUCUAAAGAAAGCUCUUUCUGCUACUUAUGAGGAAGUGGUUUUGGCCCUGCUGAAAACUCCAGCUGAAUAUGAUGCAGAGGAGCUGAAACAUGCCACCAAGGGAUUGGGAACUGAUGAGGAUACACUUAUUGAAAUUUUGGCAUCAAGAACAAACCUAGAGAUCAUGAAUAUAAAAGCUGCCUACAAAGAAAAGUACAAGAAUGACUUGGUAAAGGAUAUCACUUCAGAUACAUCUGGUCAUUUCCAAAAAGGUCUGCUUGCAAUUUUAGAGUGUACACGAAAGGAAGAUCCCCGUGUGAACGAUGAACUUGUUGAUAAUGAUGCCAGGGCUCUUUUUGAAGCUGGCGAACAUAGAAAAGGAACAGAUGUACCUGUUUUCAUCAACAUACUGACUACUCGCAGCUUUCCCCAUCUCCAGAAAGUUUUCCAGAGGUAUGGAACAUACAGCAAGCAUGAUGUCAAUAAAGCAUUGAAUCUGGAGCUUAAAGGAGAUAUCGAAAAACUUCUUACAGCCAUCGUGAAAUGUGUUGCAUGCAGACCCGCUUUCUUCGCAGAAAGGCUUUAUUUGUCAAUGAAGGGUUCUGGAACCAAAGAUAAAAUUUUGAUUCGAAAUAUUGUGUCCCGAUCAGAAAUUGACAUGCCUGAUAUCAGGACCCAAUACAAGAGGAUGUAUAACACAUCCUUGCGCCAGGCCAUUUUGGAUGACACCAAAGGAGAUUAUGAAACCAUUUUGUUGACUCUUGUUGGAGGUGCUUAAAUAAUGUUUGACCAAUUCAAAGCAGAAGAUGUAGAACUACUAAAGCUGAUGAAUAUAGUGGCCACCUCCAUAACUAUGCAUAUCCUCGAUAUCUCAAAGACCAUU